AUGAAGCUCCAGGCCGUUUUCUUGUGCGGUGUGCUGGCCGCGAGUGCCGUCUCAGCGGCCAAUGUCCUUGCAGCUCGCCAAGCCGGUCCCUCACCAACUGGUCGCGGGGCCUGCGUGCUCUCCGGCGGCGCCUGGACCUGCGAGCUCGCCGCUAGCGGCGCAGCUACAGCUCCGAUUGCAACCUCUGUCAACUCUGUAGGUGGAGCAGGUGCUGCCUCUGCGACUGCUACCGAUCCUUUACCGCCAGCUACAGUGACAGUCACCGAAAUGGUAGAGCCCAGUCCUACUGGUCAGGGUGCUUGCCAUCUUCACGGCGAUCAUUGGCACUGCGACGAAGAAGGUGAAGAGGGUCAUGAUCACAGUCACGAAGGACACGAUCACAGCGGACAUAGUCACGCCGGUCAUAGCCAUGCAGGGCACAGGUGAGGAUUGUUGCGUCCGCGUUCGCAUGCUGCGUGCUGACAAGUGACAGUGGCUCCCCCUGACGCAGUCAUGGUCCAUCCGAGGAAUUUGGUUGUGGGCUUGCACCUCUGGAAGAAUACAAUUUGCCAUUGCACGUAGCUGCAGUCUUCAUUCUUCUGGUCGCCUCGAUUGCAGGAGUCGUCUUGCCUUCCUUUGGGAACCUUCUGGAGCGCGCUUUUGCUACUACAGCCUCGCAAUCCGCUACCUUUCGACGUUGGACUGGAAGCUUCACCUUCGCCAUGCGCCACUUUGGGGGUGGAAUCAUCUUGUCCACCGCCUUCAUUCACCUGCUCUUCCACUCCUUCGUCUACUUCAACAACAGCUGCAUUGGCGAGCUCCAGUACGAAGCUGCAUCGGCGGCAAUUGCCAUGGCAGCCGUAUACGUCAUGUUUCUCAUCGAUUUCCUCGCCCUUCGACCGUUGCGACGUCAAGCAUACGCUGCCCAGGAACGUGCAUUCGCGUCCGGAGCAAGGACCACCUCCGAUGACGACUCUGUCGAGAAACCCAACGAGCGUGCCUUGAUACCUGAGGAAUCAGAUGGACAUGCGCACGAGUCGAUUGACCUGCUCAAGCAUAGCGAAGGUCGCAUGGCCAAGUGGAACGUUCUCGCUCUGGAAGCCGGCAUCAUCUUCCAUAGCAUCAUCAUUGGCGUGACGAUCGGCACCGCUUCUGGUGAAGGUUGGGUGGUGAGUUUCGACGUCUCAAAGAUGGUGCAAAGAAACGAAACAUUGAACCCGGUGCCGCUUUGCCUUUAGCCGCUGUUGAUCGCCAUUGUGUUUCACCAAUUCUGCGAGGGUCUAGGCUUGGCGAGCCGAGUGGUCCUCCUUCCUUCCUCCGUUCUGAGCAACACUUUGAAGUUCGUCAUGCACCUCGUCUUCAUCGUGACCACGCCCGUGGGCAUUGCCAUCGGCAUUGGCGUGCGACAGUCCUACAACGGGAACAGCCGGGGCACUCUUCUAGCAGUCGGCAUCCUCGACGCGAUCUCGGCCGGCAUUCUGAUCUACGCGGCCCUCGUUCAGAUCAUCGUCAACGACUACAUCUUCAAUCGCGAAAUGACGCGCGCUUCAAUGAAGCGCUGUGUUGCCGCCCUGACGUUCUUUACGCUCGGCCUGUUCGUCAUGUCCGUGCUUGGAUACUGGGCUUGA